UUUGCGUUUUUGUGAAAUUGUGAGUCAUCUGAAAAAUCAGAAACUAAAAGUUAAAGUUUUCAUUACUUCUCGUUCUCGUUCACUUAGUUUGUGUUGUGCUUAAUUUUUACAUAGUGAGGAACUUUUCCAGGGGACGUUACGUGUUGUUUUUGUUUUAGCAAAUAGCAAUAUUCGCAGAGCUCCAAAUGGGUAACGAAAUGUCUUCGUCCGCAAUGGAACGUCAUCUUUUCAACUUAAAAUUUGCUGUGAAAGAGUUGGAGAGGAAUUCCAAAAAAUGUGAAAAAGAGGAAAAACUAGAAAAGGAGAAGGCAAAAAAAGCUAUACAGAAAGGUAACAUGGAAGGAGCACGAAUUCAUGCAGAAAAUGCAAUACGUCAAAAAAAUCAAGCAUUAAAUUAUUUACGCAUGUCAGCUAGAGUUGAUGCGGUUUCAAGUAGGGUACAAACAGCUUUAACUACCAGAAAGGUAACAAACUCAAUGGCAGGUGUUGUGAAGGCAAUGGACGCAGCGAUGAAGUCAAUGAAUCUAGAAAAAAUAUCCACCUUGAUGGACAAGUUUGAGAGUCAAUUUGAGGAUCUGGAUGUUCAAUCGUCGUACAUGGAGAAUGCAAUGUCACAAACUACCACCACCUCAGUGCCUCAGGGCGACGUGGACACAUUACUGCAACAGGUGGCAGAUGAGGCUGGUUUGGAAUUGAAUAUGGAAUUACCGUCUGGUAUUCCAAGCACCUCUGUUGGUACAGCAACUGUUGUGUCACAAGAGCAAGAUGAACUCACACAGAGGCUAGCCAGAUUGCGGCAAGCAGAAUAGUCCUAGCUGUUACUUAUAAUAUGUAUAACAACUGUUUUAGUCUGAUUGUGUAGACAACUGUCAGAAUGGGUUUAAAAGCUUGUUAUUUAAUGGUCAAUUAUUAUUCCUUAUUAUUUUCACAAAUGUAAUCUCUUGUUAAGAAUGGUUGGUAAAAUCUAGUUUCUUUCCAUUUUGUACAUUGUGAUAGUUCACAAGUUUAA